AUGAAGCUGCUGAAGUACCCGAGACAGCUGCAUGACGGGCAACUGCUCGCGGGCUGCGUGGUUGGCGGCCUGCUGGUGGUUGUGGGGCGAGACAGGAUAUCUGCGUACGACUGCGGGAAGCUGCAGGCGGCCGCGCGGGGCGAGCUGGCGGUGCGGGAGGUGAGCGCGGAGGUGGAGCUGCAGGUGGAAGUUGGGGAGGAUGCGCUGCGGUACGUGGCCGGGGGCGAGGGCGAACUGGUCGUGGCGGGGGACCGGCAGAUCUGGGCUGCGGGCGCUGACUGGCGGUCUGCGGGGCGGGGGACGCGGUUCCUCACGGUGGCGCAGCUGGCGGGCGGGGCGUGCGUGACGGAUGUGAAGGCGGACGGGGCGGGGCUGGUGUUCGUGAGCGUGAGCGGGAAGGACGAGGUGUGGUUGUAUGCGACGGGCGCGUGGGAGCGCGUGGGCGUGGUGACGUUGGCGGCGAAGCCGGUGACGCUGGUGGUGGACCCGCUGGGCGAGCUGCUAACCGUGGUGCUGCAGAACCGGUCGGUCGCGGUCUACCAGUACAACCGGCAGGGCGCGGUGCGCAUGCACCAGCAGCUGCCGCAGUACGUGCAGACGAACCCGCUGCGCUACAGCAUCACGAUGUCGCCGCAGGGGGACCUGCUUCCGCUAGUGAAUUCGAUCAAGAACGGGCUGCCGUCGGCGCAGCUGCUGGACCGCACGGCAGGCUUUUCUGUGCAGUCUACGCUGGUGGGAUACGUCGACAAGUGCAAAAUACUAAGAUUCUCGCCGCGUCUGUACGAGAAGCCGAAUAAGGAUAAGCCGCCCACGCAGUACAAUCUGCUGGCGUCUUCGGGCAACGAGGACGGCAGCGUAAUUGUGUGGAACACGAAGCGUACGAAGCCGCUGUUGAACGCCGCGAAGGUGACCGACACUUUCAUCAACGACGUCCAGUGGUCGCGCGACGGGACCGGGCUCUUCGCGAUCAGCAACGACGGGUACCUCUUCAUCUUUGCGUUCCACGAGGUGGAGCUUGGGCGGCUGCUCGACGACGCCGAGCUCGAAAAGCUGCGCCAGAGCGUCCCACGGCUGGAACCGCUGCCGCCACCGACGCCGAAGUCGCUGGCCAAGAGCGAGGCGAAGCCGCAGCAGGACACCAAGCCCGAUGCAAAAUCGAGCGCGAACAGCGUCUCUGCCAAGACAGGCAAGAAGAAAAUCGCGCCGACCGUCAUCACCAGCACGUCGAUGGAGUUCAACGAGCCAUCGUACACUGUUCCGAAGGAUCUCAAGCGGCGGCCCAAGCAGGAGACCCAAACGAACGGGACCACCACCAAGCGCCCCAAACGCGACGUCGAGCCGAUGGACUUUUUGGACACCAACCUACUAAUUCCUAAUAUAUCUUUUUCGAAAGCACGGUUGGCCACUCCCAAGGUUCGCAUGAACUUCCAGUACUGCAACACACUGCAGCAGAACCUGGUAAUGGAGGUAAAAAACGGUACGGGCAGCGAGCAAAAGCCCACCUCAAUAACGUUGACGUUAAAAGACAAGGAGAAGGACAUGGUCCUGUUCCAGGACUUCACCCCGCGGUUCGUCACCAUCUGCACAUGUGGUCAUUCCUUUUGGGCCUGCUGCACCGAGGAAGGCAUCGUGUAUGUCUAUUCGAAUACCGGCAAGAAGUUGCUGCCCCCUAUGAUUAUGGGCGUGCCGGUAAGUUUCCUGGAGGGCUGCGGGGACUAUCUUCUCUGUGUUACAAGCAUGGGGCAAUUAUUCUGCUGGAACGUUAAAGAGGGCAAACUUAAGUUCCCCGUGAACACCAUAUAUCCGCUACUAAACCCCAGCAUCAGAUACUCAGAUGACGUCCUGACCCGUGCGGAAAAUAUCACCAUGUGCACGACUACGGAAAAUGGCAUUCCUCUUGUUACUCUAAGCAAUGGUGACGGGUACAUGUUCGACCCAGACAUGGAGAUAUGGCUUCUCAUUAACGAUUCCUGGUGGGCAUAUGGAUCCCAAUACUGGGACUUUACUAAUACCAGCCAUGCGGGCAGCUCUGCAGCAGCUGGUAAUGACAAGGAGGACAAGAAGAACAAAUACUGGAACGCAGACGCCGAGUAUCUGAUCGAAGAGGUGAAGAAAAACAAAAAGAGUGUAGUAAACUACCUUGAAUCGAAGACGAACGACGAAAUGACCCGCAAGGGUCUGAUCCGGAACCUGCAACGAUUUGCAAAGACAAUUCUAAUGAAGGAAGGGUUCGAAAACCUGGAGGAUAUCGUCACGCUUUCUCAUUUGGAAAAUAGACUGCUGGUAGCCCUAAAACUUAACGAGACAAAUGAAUUUACCAAAUUAUUGAAAGUCUAUUGCAUCAGCCUAGCAGAAAUGGGCUUCAAAAAUAGAUUGGAUGAUGUGCUGAGCUGGCUGUAUAACGAUGGAGAAUACAAGGUUGGCACAAUAGCUAACGAGAAGCGGGAGGAACUGCUGAAGCAGAUAUUGGUUGCAUGUGCUGAUAUCCGGCAGGUCCAAAGAGUGACAACCAGUUACGCAUCUGCUCUUGGUCUUCUUGAUGUAUCUUUAUAA